AGUGUUAUUCCCGCCAUUUAUAUCAUCACAAAUUUCUCUCUCUCUCUCUCUCUCGUUGAUGCUCGCAUUCCGGCCAUGCUUCUUCAAUCCACCACUCUGCCGCCCCAUUUCCGUUAAAGUUCUCUCCUUUUUCGCAUUUCCUUCUUCUCUUUCCUCUCACAUUCUCUCUCUCCCUUUCCCCCAUCGCACAAUGACCAAACCACCCUCCGCCUUCGACGCUCUCAUGUCCGGUGCUCGCGCUGCCGCCGCCGCCGCUGCCAAGAAGAAGAAAUCCGAGCAGUCGCAGCAACCAACUGUUUCUUCUCCCAAGAAACGAAAACCUUCACCCUCCACUCUCCCCACUCCAACCUCCACGCUAAACCCUAACGACCCCAAACCCUCCGAAACCGUUCCUACGCCAACGAGUGACCCGCCCAAGCAAGAACCGGAGAAAGAAGGCCCUCCUCCGACCAAGACUCGCCACGUGUCUUCUUCAUCUGCCUUGCAGGAGCUGAAGAAGCGCAUUCCGCAGCUGAAGGCGAAGCCUUCGAAAUUCGAUCCUAGCUCAGUGGCUUGUUGGGAGAAGGGCACGCCUGUGCCGUUCUCGUUGCUGGCUUUGGCGCUUGAAAUGAUUUCUGCGGAACCUGGCAGAAUCAAGAUGACAGAUAUUGCGUGCAAUUUGAUGAAGACUGUGAUAUACUCUACCCCUGAGGAUCUUGUGCCUCUGAUUUAUCUCUUCGCGAAGAGGCUUGCUCCGGCGCAUGAAGGGCUGGAAUUGGGAAUUGGCGAGACUUCCAUUAUUAAGGCACUUGCUGAGGCAACUGGAAGUACUGAAUCCAAAAUCAAGAAGCAGUAUCAGGGCGAGGGUGAUUUGGGAAGAGUUGCCAAGAUAUGCCGUUCAUCUCAGUCCAUGAUGCGGAAGCCUGAGGCUCUGACUAUUAGGAAAGUUUUCAACACCUUCCGUCUUAUUGCCAAGGCAGGAAACAACUUCAAUUUUGUAUCACAUAAACUAACAUUAUAA